AGGAAGGAAAGUUGGUGGACAGAGAACCAUCCAUAUGGCAGCUGCAGGGGGAGCCUACAGUGCUGAUAACAGUGGCACAUAUCUUCAAUCAUUUUGCCCCACUCAUGUGCAAAGUAUACCUUGUGGAGGAUGUAUUGAUGAAUUUCCUUCUGGGCAUCCUGGAGGGAGGGGGUUCAGUGGAAGAACACCACCUUAUCAUACGCCUUCUCGACCUUAUGUGGCUUCUCAUGGAGGAUUAUGAAGUUCACGAGUGCCUCAAACAGCUGAUGAUGUCAUUACUCCGAGCCUACCGCUUCUCUCCUAUCGUUCCUGACCUGGGAUUGCAGAUUCACUACCUGCGGCUCACUAUUGCCAUCCUCCGACAUGAGAAGUCUCGCAAAUAUCUCCUGAGCAAUGUUCUAUUUGAUGUUCUUCGCUCUGUAGUAUUUUUCUUCAUCAAGAGUCCUCUUCGGGUGGAAGAAGCCGGCCUGCAAGAGCUUAUCCCAACCACAUGGUGGCCUAACAGAUUCAACAAGGAGGGUAAAGAAAUCAAGGACCCAUCAGAGGAGAGUGAUGAGGAACGGCUGAGAAGGAGAGCGUACGAGAGGGGCUGCAUGAGGUUGAAGAAACGCAUUGAAGUGGUGGAAGAGCUGCAAGUCCAGAUCUUAAAGCUUCUGCUGAAUAAUAAGGAUAAAGGAGGGGGGGAAGCAUCCCGAUAUAUUUUUCUCAACAAGUUCAGGAAGUUCUUGCAGGAAAACGCCAGUAACAGAGGGAAUCCCACUGUUCUGUGCCCUCCUGAGUAUAUGGUCUGCUUCCUCCACCGACUCAUCACUGCCAUCCGAAGCUGCUGGGAUGAGUACAAGACCAGGAACCCCCCUGCACUCUACAGCGAAGAUGCGUAUGUGCCCCCCCAGCUUUUCUACAACGGGAAGGUAGAUUAUUUUGAUUUGCAGAGACUAGGGGGUUUACUUUCCCAUCUAAGGAAGACCUUAAAAGAUGAUCUGGCGUCCAAGGCCAACAUCAUUAUCGACCCCUCAGAGCUGCAAGCGGUCACCAUGGAUGACCUGGAGGAGGAGGACGAAUCAGUCAGUGCAACGGCACAGAGGUCAAGUGCAUCUUUGGCAAUUGGCGGUGCCCUUGCUCGACCCAGCUGGCUCAGUUCCCCUACACUAGGAAGAGCAAACCGCUUCCUUAGCACUGCCGCUGUUAGCCUGAUGAACCCAAGACGGCCCCUGGGUGCCCUGGAGAAGGUUAAAGUCCGAAGCCUUAGUGUGGAGCAACGUACAGAGGAUGACAUUGAAGGUCACCAUGGUAACGAAGGGCUAUUGUUGGGAAGACCUGCAGAGGAGCCAGAUCAUCCAAUAACGGAAAACUCUCUGCUGGAGAUCCUGGAUGGGGCAAUCAUGAUGUAUAAUCUGAGUGUCCACCAACAGCUGGGCAAGGUAUUGAGUGUAUAG